GCCGCCUCCCGAGACAUGAAGAAGUUCUUCGACUCUCGCCGCGAGCAGGGCGGCUCCGGGCCCGGGGCGGGCAGCAGCGGCGGCGGCGGCGGCAGCAGCGGCCCCGGCAGCGGCUACAUCGGCCGGGUCUUCAGCAUCGGCCGGCACCAGGUCACCGUGGACGAGGUGCUGGCGGAAGGUGGCUUUGCAAUCGUGUUCCUGGUGAGGACGAGCAAUGGGGUGAAGUGUGCCCUGAAGAGGAUGUAUGUCAAUAAUGAGUACGACCUGCAGGUCUGCAAGAGGGAGAUCCAGAUCAUGCGGGAUCUGUCUGGCCACAAGAACAUUGUGGGCUACAUCGACUCCAGCAUCAACUCAGUCAGCAGUGGGGACGUGUGGGAGGUGCUGAUCCUCAUGGACUUCUGCCGGGGGGGACAGGUGGUGAACCUGAUGAACCAGCGCCUGCAGAGCGGCUUCACCGAGAGCGAGGUCCUGCAGAUCUUCUGCGACACCUGCGAGGCCGUGGCCAGGCUGCACCAGUGCAAGACCCCCAUCAUCCACAGGGACCUGAAGGUUGAAAACAUCCUGCUGCAUGACCGUGGCCACUACGUCCUGUGUGACUUUGGGAGUGCUACCAACAAAUUCCAGAACCCCCAGACAGAGGGGGUGAAUGCAGUGGAGGAGGAGAUCAAGAAGUACACAACGUUGUCCUACAGAGCCCCAGAGAUGGUGAACCUGUACAGUGGCAAACUCAUCACUACAAAAGCAGACAUUUGGGCCCUGGGCUGCUUGCUGUACAAGCUGUGCUACUUCACCUUGCCCUUUGGGGAGAGCCAGGUGGCCAUUUGUGAUGGCAACUUCACCAUCCCAGACAACUCGAGGCACUCGCAGGACAUGCACUGCCUCAUCCGCUACAUGCUCGAGCCAGACCCUGAUAAGAGACCUGACAUUUAUCAGGUCUCCUACUUUGCAUUCAAGCUGGCCAAGAAGGAGUGCCCAGUGCAGAAUGUGCAGAACUCUCCAAUCCCUGCUAAACUGCCAGACCCAGUUAAAGCAAGUGAAGCUGCUGCAAAGAAGAGUCAACCAAAGGCCAGGCUCACAGACCCCAUCCCCACGACAGAAACGUCCAUAGCACCCCGGCAGAGACCUAAGGCAGGACAGACCCAGCCCAACCCUGGCAUUCUGCCCAUCCAGCCAGCCCUGACGCCCAGGAAGAGAGCCACAGCCCAGGCAGCCCUUCAGCCCCAGGCUGCAGGCCCGGCUGCCCUGGGCAGUGCCCAGCCCUCCAGCACGCCCCAGGCCAAAGCAGCCCCCCAGCAGCCUCCAGCCCAGCCCCAGGCCAAGCCAGCAGCAGCAGCGCCCCAGGCACAGCCCCAGGUGCCCUCCACACAGCCCCAGGCCACCCCUCAGCAUCAGCAGCAGCAGCUUUUCCUGAAGCAGCAGCUCCUGCAGCAGCAGCAGCAGCAGCAGCAGCAGCAGGCUGCCUUCUUCCAGCAGCAGCAGCAGCCACAGAUGAUGCAGGCUCAGCAGUUCCCAGUGAUGCAGCAAGGAGCGCCCGCGCAGCAGCAGCAGCUGAUGCAGAACUACUACCAGCAGCAGCAGCAGCAGCAGCAGCUGCUGGCCCAGCAGGCAGCUAUGCAGCAGAAGACCACAGCAGCAGCAGCUCAGCAGAAGCAGCAGCCCCAGGCCCAGCCUGGCUCAGCACCCCCAGCACAGCCACAGGAGCAGGGGGCGCAGGUGCAGGCUCAGAGGCAGCAGCAGCAGCAGCAGCAGCAGGCCCAGGGGCAGGGGCAGAAGCUGGGCUCCCUGACGCCGCCCUCGUCGCCCAAGGCGCAGCGCGCGGGGCACCGCCGCAUCCUCAGCGACGUCACCCACAGCGCCGUGUUCGGCGUGCCCGCCAGCAAAUCCACCCAGCUGCUGCAGGCUGCGGCUGCUGAGGCCAGCCUCAACAAGUCCAAAUCUGCUUCCACCACGCCCUCGGGCUCGCCAAGGACCUCGCAGCAGAACGUCUACAACCCCCCUGACGUGUCCACGUGGAACCCCUUUGAUGAUGACAACUUCUCCAAGCUGACAGCUGAGGAGCUGCUGAACAAGGACUUUGCCAAGCUGGGGGAUGGGAAGGCUCCAGAAAAGGCAGGCAGCUCCACAGAGAACCUGCUGCCAGGGUUCCAGCCCGCAGCCCCCACGGAUGCCUUCGGUGGCUCCUCCUUCCCUGCUGGGCCAGCUGAAAAAACGAAAGACAUUCUGAGCUUGGACUCUAGCCCUGCUCUGCUGACUGUGCCUGAUCCUUUCACUCCUCUCCCGUUAUCUGACACCCCAGAAAAACUGAUUGAGGGCCUCAAAUCUCCCGAGCCUGCGCUGCUGCUGCCCGAGCUGCUGCCCCUGGCUGACCCCUUCGGCAGCACGGCAGAGCCUGCCAAUGGCCAAGCUGCCGUGGCUGUGGAGAGCCUGAUCCCGGGGCUGGAGGCGCCCCUGGCCCAGCGCCUCGUGUCCCACAGCGACUCCGUGGCCUCCAACAGGACAGACUCUCUCACUGGGGAAGACUCUCUGCUUGACUGUUCUCUGCUCUCUAACCCUGCUGCUGACCUCCUGGAUGAGUUUGCUCCUGUAGCUUUCUCAGCUCAGCCUCACAAAGAAGAUACUAACCUGAUAUCAGGCUUUGAUGCUCCUGAGGGCUCUGAAAAAGUGACAGAAGAUGAGUUUGACCCAAUUCCAGUGUUGAUAUCCAAAAAUUCACAAGGUGGGCAUUCUAGAAACAACAGUGGAAGCUCUGAGUCCAGUCUUCCCAACAUAGCCAGGUCUCUGCUGCUGGUGGAUCAGCUCAUAGACCUGUAGCAGUGACACAGUAGCAGUUUGUGUAACUACCCACACCUCCGGUUUCCCUGCCAGAAGAGUUUCCUUCCUUGUGCUUCUUUGGGGCUUUUUUUUUUUCUUUUCUUUUUUCUCCUUUACUUAAGAGAAAAACCUGCCAACAGGAGACAGUCACCCACCUCUCUCCCUGUCCCCCCGUGGCCUGGGGAAGGUUUGGCUCAGCUCUGCAGUAGCCUGGUGUGUCUCAGGCUGGUGGAGCGCUGUGGGUUCCCCUGGCCCUGCUCAGGGAGCUGGGGCUGCUCUGGGACCCUGCCCCAGCCUCCUGUCCCCGAGCAGGGCGUGAGCAGUGCAGCCCCAGCUGUGCUUUGGGCUUUGGGUCUGGUUCUGUUCCCCCGGGGACAGUGACAGGGACAUCCCUGAGCUGCAGGACAUGGGGCAGCACAGCUGGGGGCUCUGAAUUGCUUCAGAGCAGGGGGAAGCCCCAGGUUCCUCCCGGCCAUACUCUGGUGAUGGUGCACAUAAAGAGUUUUCCAGCUGCCCCCAGCUCUUGGUUUGCUGUUUGACAAUCCUGCUGGGAACUAACUGCUCUUCCUGGGGGAGGGAAAACAGAGAAAAGGAAAAAGAAAAAAACCAGAUUGUUAAAGCUGCAGAAAUGACCCUAAGUGAAGCGUGACAAGGUUUUGAACCAAAUCCAUGUGAGUAUGGCUGUGACCAGUGUUUCACUGACCUUUUUUGGGGUGAAAAGGGCGCUGUGGCAGCAGCAGAUGUAUUUUCUGUGACUUCUUUUCUGUGUUUGACUGGAAAAAAAGAAACUCCCCUCAACCUACUGUAAAUGGUGUAUGAAACAAAUUGUCCUCCGGCUGUUUGUCUAUUUUUAAUCCUGGUUUUAGUCGAGCAUCUGGUAUCUGUUCUGGGUUCUCCAUUUUCUCUUGUAACUGCUAUAGUGCACCCCAGUUCAGUAUGGAGCCAUUGUUUCAGUAGACAAAGAUUCCUGUGGGCCUCUCUCCACCCCAGUCUCUGUGACCACGCAUGCCCUGGGUUCAGGUGGUUUGAAAUCAGUGCUGCUACAACUCGAUGGGUUCUCCCUUUUCCUCGCCCCUCGCUUGGUUUGUCCGUAGCUGGAUCCGCUCAGCUCGUUCUCCUCGGCUUCCCACCGAGUCUGGAAUUUCUCUCUCGUGUUUGAAAGCCCUCUCUGAGCAGAAGGACUCUUCCUCUGUAGUGGAAUUCCCCUGGCUUCCUGCUCCCCGUGUUUGUGUUUGUAGCUGUAUUAGUGGCGGUGCAGUUCCCCCGUGCGAAAGUGCGAGCGACUGAAUGUCUGUCUGUGCUGAUCUCGCUGGGAAGGGAAGAACCCCACGUUUGUGACUCCUCCUCUCCUCUCUCCAUCUCCUCCCCAGCCCCACACUUAGUUUAACAAAUUCUGUACAUAGAGCUCCCAUCGGUUGUGUCUCUACAUUACUCUUCUUUUAAAACCUACACUUACUAAUAAAAGUAUUGCUUACGUGUGUUGUAUCAUUACAUGUGUAUACUGCACUUUCCAAGAGAAGCUUUACAUGAGAACUAUGGAAAUGACCUUAGUAAAAUUGUGGAUAGAACUUUAUUAUUUUUUUGUUUUAUAUUCCUAAAGCACAGGCGAGCUGGACUGGAAAACACGAAGAUGCUAUAGAUAGAAAGUUAUUGUAUAGUCAGAUACUGAGAUUAUAUGAAAAGAGAAUGGAUUUUAAAAAGUAACCGUCUACUGUAUAUUAGAAACAAAGAUUUCUGUGAAUUAAAGUACUUUUAAAGAAUGUUUAAGAUUUUAAAUCUAAUGGCGCUUGUUCAAGGGUUCUGGAAAAAAUGACAAAUGCACUGGGUUGUUAAUAAUGCUAUUAAAUAAGCAGAUGUGAAUGUU